AUGUGGACUUUGAAAGUGUGCAUCUUCGCCGCAGCUGCCAUUCUGAGUGCUGCAACAGCUGAAAACGACGCGGGAGCUCCUGCCGACGCCAAGAAGACUGAGAAAAGGGGUGUUUAUGGCGGCUACGGGGCUGCAGGGGGUCUGGGCACAAGUGGUGGUUAUGCCGGAUAUGGAGGCGGUGGUCUAGGUGGAGUCGCCAGCGCCGGAGCAAUCGGUGGAGGCGGCAUCGGAGGUGGACUCGGUGGAGCCGGCAUUGGAGCUGGACUCGGUGGAAGUGGAACAGAUGUGGUUCCAUUGGUGUUGGUGCAAAAUCCACAUCCAGUUCCUGUGCCUGUACCCGUCACCAGGAAGGUCCAAGUAGUCAUUCCUGUGCCAGUGGCCCAGCCGGUUCCUGUCAGCGUGGGUGGUGUGGGUCUCGGGGGCGGCAUUGGUGGAGGAGCUGGACUUGGUGGUGGUCUCGGAGGAGGAGCCGGAUUUGGGGGUGGCUAUGGCGGAGGUGUCACUGGGGGCGCAUCUGGUCUUGGUGGCCUGGUCGGAGGCUUCGGAGGUUAUGGGGGUUAUGGAGGUUACGGAGGCUACGGAAAGGGAGGUGGCCUGGGUGGAGCUGGAGGUGUGACUGGCUACUCCAGCGUGACCAUUUCUACUGGCGGCGGUCAUCACUUCAAGGGGUAA